AUGGCAUUCUCAGGCUACAAUUUUAAAUCCGCCGAAGAAAUUGAGUUCCAUCUGGAACCUACAGCUGCAGGUCCAUCUACAGUAUGGGCACGAUCGAUCGCCAGACGUCUUGGGUGUUACGUGGCACUGGGAUAUCCCGAAUACUGCGCACAUUCUCCAUCGUCCCCUCAAGGUUCCAUGUCUCGUUAUAAUUCAGCCGUCCUGGUAUCACCACAAGGAAACGUGCUCGUAAAUUACAGAAAACACUUUCUGUACACCACGGAUGAAACCUGGGCAGAAGAAGGGAAGGAAGGCUUUUUUUCUGGGGAGAUGCCCGAUGGAUUGGGGAAGCUUGCGAUGGGAAUAUGCAUGGACCUCAACCCCCGGCGAUUUGAAACGCCAUUCGAGAAUUACGAAUUCGCGCACCAUGUACUUGAUAGUAAAGCAGAUUUGCGCUUGCAACCGGUCCUCGACAAAGGCCCUCAGGGACGAUCGGAGGAAACUAUAUUUGUUACCUGUAACCGGAUAGGGGUUGAGCGCGGGGCAUCAUUCGCUGGGACUUCCGUAGUGGUGGGAGUCAGCAAGGGAAACAUCAAGGUCUAUGGUUGUCUGGGUCGAGGAACGGAAGACCUGCUUGUCUGCGAGGUUCCGGGGCCCGGAAAGAACUCACGGCGAAGAUAG